AUGGCAAAAUUCUUGAACAUUCUAAUUGCUAUCUCUUUGAUCUGUGUCCUUGUUGAUUGCAGACAUAUCGAAGAGCAACGAGACGUCGUAGAAAGUCUCAAAGCCAAAGUCGGAUUCCUUCGUGAUUUGAGCGACAACGUAGCACGCGCUAAGAAAUCUUUCCAUUUCGUUGAAAACAAGAAGCGUUUAGAAGCUAAGAAAUCUUUCCAUUUCGUUGAAAAUAAGAAGCGUUUAGAAGGUGUUUUAGUCGAUGUACCUUGGAAUAAACGUAAACAAGGUGUUUUGGUCGAUGUACCUUGGAAUAAGCGUAAACAAGGUGGUUUGGUCGAUAUACCUUGGAAUAAGCGUGAGCAAGGUGCUUUGAUCGAUAUACCUUGGAAUAAACGUGAGCAAGGUGCUUUGCUCGAUAUACCUUGGAAUAAACGUCAACAAGGUGCUUUGCUCGAUAUACCUUGGAAUAAACGUCGACAAGGUGUUUUGGUCGAUGUACCUUGGAAUAAGCGUCAAGAAGAUAGCCAUCCUUACAUUUGGAAUAAGAAACAUGAUGAAGAACUAGAUGCUUUACUAAAAACAAGAAGACAAGCGAAGAGAAAUGAAAGGCGAGAUUAAUUAAGGCAGCUGAAAUCGAGAAGUUCCGUCGCCAUCUUUGGAAAAAUUUCCCAUCUUUAGUUCCAACAAAGGAUUGUCUUAACGUUGAUAACACGUUAUCUAAUCUGAUGGUAGCCCGAUUUCCUUCAUAAUCCUAUCUCGAAUCUCUAUCCUUGAUCGCUGAGGUAGACAACAAUGAACAACAUACUAGUUUAAAUUCAAUAAUUCUGGUCUAAGCUUAGACUUUAUUAGCAUUAAGUAGGCUCAUAAAAGAAAAUGAUAUUUAGUCAACUAAUUAAUUAAAUGAUAUGAUAGUUUGUGCGUGGAUAUAAUGAUAAAGUUGCACUAGCACACAACAUUACUAACAAUAAUAUUCUAGUAUUAUUGUAACACUAUUCUAUGUCGUGAAGGGUAUCAAUAACAAUGUAAUUGAGCUAUUAUAGAUUACACGUCUUGUAUGAUCAAUCAAAAAUUGUGUAUUUUAUCAUGGUGCAACACU